AUGGCGUAUGGUGGUAUAGUGAAAGGUGGAGUAACCAAGACCACCCAGACCCUGCCCGUAGCUCAGGCCAUAGCUUCCCAGUCCGUAGCCAUAGGACGGCACACCCUGGCCAAGUCCAUAGCCAUUCGUGCCUGUAUCUUCCUGGCCCUGGCCACCUGUGCCUUCGGCGUCUAUUCCGGCUAUCCUUACGGCUACUCUGCAGCUGCUCCCGCUGCGUACGGGUCCUACCACGCUUCCCUUGGUGCUCUAACCUCGUAUGGCCAUGGUGCUCAACCCUAUGGCUACGGACUGGGUAGCUAUGGUCUGAGCUACGGACAGGGUCUCGUCGACUACUCUGUCGCCGCUCCCGCCUACGCUGCCCAUCAUGCUCCACUAGCCUCGGUGUCGGCUGUUCACCAUGCUUCCGGUCUUGGCUAUGGUGUUCCCGCCUAUGGCUUUGGAAUCGGCAGUUUCGGACUCACCUAUGGGCACGGUCUAGGAGGUCUGGGCUACAGCACCUUCCUCCAAACUCAACACCGGGAAACCAGUGACUGUGGCAAGAAGAUCCGUGCAUGCGUCCUCCUGGCCCUGGCCACUUGUGCCUUUGGCGUCUACUCUGGCUAUCCCUACGAUUACUCUGUGCGUCCUCCCGCCGCCUACAGAGCUUACCACGCCCCACUUGCUUCUGUGUCCUCGUACGGCUACGGGAUCCGUGCUUGCGUCCUCCUCGCCAUAGCCACCUGCGCCAUUGCCGGCUACGCCGGCUACCCGGUAGGCCACUCCUUCGCUGCUCCUGCCUACGGUGCCUAUCAUGCUCCACUGUCCUCCGUGUCAACCGUGCACCACGCUCCUGGAUUCGGGUAUGGGCUUGGCUACGGAGUUCCCACCUAUGGCUUUGGACUCGGCAGCUAUGGUCACAGCUACGGAUACGGACUCGGUGGCCUCGGUUACAGCACCUUCCUCCGCAAGAAAUGUGAGACUUCUGCCUGA